ACGCGCCCCAUUCAGGUGACGUCACGGCUGCAGCUGUUCAGUCAGUGUGAAUGUAAUUUCACGGAGACCCCUCGUUUUUUUUACGGAGAAACUUCGAUGUAACGACGAAAGCGACGGAGUGUUUGCUUUUUUGGAAACGUUCACGGUUCUUUUUUGGUCAGAUGUGGACCGACGCCUAACAGAAGACGUUUGUUAGCUAUCACGGCCUAUCUGUUUUCAGUUUCGUACAACAUUGGAUAGGUGAUAAAACUGAAAAAAUGGUGAGACCACAAUCAGGAUCUCCUCGUUCCAAACACAGGCCUUUUUCAGACAACUACAAUAGCAUGAAUCAUGAAGGGCGAUAUGGCCCCCCUUCAAGAAGCCAGAGAGGUUUCAGAGGGCCUCCUGGAAAAGCCCCUCCGAGUUGGAGAGUUAACAACAGUAGCGGAUCCCAGCCCUACCCCAAGAGACCCUCAUCGCUCAUGGGUGAACGCAGAGAGCGACCACAUGGACAGUGGAUGCAGAACCAGGAUCACUUCCAUCCAUAUCCCAGCUCACAGGAUUCACAGAGAGGCCGCAGGAGGCCAUCACCACCCCGCUCAAGUCGCCCUCCCCCAGUACAGCACAGGCAAUCCCCUCAUACCUCUAUACAUGGACCACCUAGCCACAGAGCACCAGUAUUCCAUGGAAACCACCCUAGACACACAUCUCCAUCUAGACAUGGAUCUUUUCAUGGCCCUCCAUCAGAACGACGGAUUCCUUCACCUCAUAAUUCCUUCAGGGGACCACAGCGACGCCCAAGCCCUCAGGAGCAUGACAGGAGCUGGGGCCCCACACCCCGGGAGAGGCCUUUUGGCCGACCAGCACUUGGUGGGCACCACUGGAAUGGCCCAGGAGGUUACCCUCAUCCCCACAGUGGGGAUUCGAGGUUCUCUGGCCCACCCCACAGAAAACCCAGAGAAUUUCAUGGAAGGAGUUCAUAUCCAGAGAGGUGGUCUGCAGAGAGAGAUCAACGUGCACCGCAUGGAGACCUUAGAAGGGAGUCUCGGCGCCCCAGCAUGGAAUUUGCACACCGAGGAGGGGGCAGUCCACACUCUCGGCCCCCUUACAGAUCACCGGCACGAAGACCUGGCCCACCCCCAUCUGGCUCAUCGAUCAGACCUUAUCCGCUUAUGCGACUACAGGACAGGCAGAUUGGACGACCAAUGAAGAGGAGGAAUCAAGAUUUCAGACGGCCACCUCCACUUAGCAGUUUGGAGCAUGGGCCGCCAAAGCGUUUCCGCAGGGAACUGUCUGUGAGACCUCUUCCUCUCCGGGGCUUCAGAGGUCGUGGUUUGUCCCUUGUUGAUAAGAGCCGACUGCUUAAGGCACGGAGGUUCAGAGCAGAGUCUGUGACCCAGUUCAAACUCCCACCACCAAGGCCAAGAAUAUCAGAAAGAGUCCAGAAACCCAAGCCUCAGACAACACCAAAAAAUGGCAAAGAUUCUUCAGCAGUGCCACUACGCAAGAUGCCACUCAAAAAGAUGCCAUCAUCUAGAGAGUCAUCCCCCAACACCGACUCCAAGACUGCAGUUGCUGAGAGGGACUCCGAAACAAAGGUGGAAUCCCGUCGCUCUGAGAGCGCACACAGCUCCUCACCAAUAGACAGACGACUUUCACGUGACCUUGUUGUGGUUUCCCAUUGGGAGGCAGGCCACAAGCCCAGUACUAGUCCCAGGAACAGUGCACCUUGGAGGAAUAAGGCACCCAGGAGCAAGUCUGAGGAAUCAGAAUCCCGUGGAAAUUUGACAUUAAAUGAACGUUUCACCAAGCUGCAAAGUCCUCCUAGCUCUUCACAGGAACCGAAAGAAAGAAGGUCUUCUGGAAGUCCACCAAAACAGAGGAAGCCCGUUUCACUUCAGAGGCCUGGUUUCCGCCCAGCUGUUGGAGUAAAGAGGCCAUCGGCACCUGAUGGAGUUAUCAGGAAACCUUUGAUGAGUACUUUGAUUCCAAGACCAACCUUCAACCAGAAGUCAGUCUUCAAAAAGAGUCAAAGUAUCAUGUCCAAAUACAAGAACUUGCAGACACUGCGACAUAAAGUGCCCCAUCAGCGUCAAGCCACUAGUUAUCGCCGUUGGUGAUCCAGAAUGAUUUCAUUUGGUGAGGCAAGUGUCCAGUGUUGAGCAUCUCUCCAGAGUUGCCCUUCCUCCUCACCUGAUUUUUUGCUGUAUGAUAGUUUGAGCUAAUCUCUGUAAAAACCACAAAGAUCACCAAAGUAUUUUUGUUUCUUCCAUCUUUGUUUUCGUUGGUGUGCUAUAGAGGUCAACUGAAUAGUCUCGACUUGUGCAUUAGUCUUUUCAGAGUUUGGAAAAACAGACUAGUUGCUUUUUUUUUUUUUUUUGUAAUUUAAAAUGAACCUGUACAAAUAUAUGUACUCUCUGCCAUAAUUUUGUGAAAAUAAGAUUUUUUUUUUUUUUGCUUCAGUUAGGAUUGUUUUUUUCCCCACAUGUAGUCGUAGCACAAACAUCAGUGUCUGAAUAGCUGCUUUUUGAAAGUGACUGUUAAAAGACUCUUUAUCAUGCGACCUGAUCCCUGCUGAAUGAUGUACAAAGACUAGCUUUCAUUUGAUGAAGAGUUUUUGUUGAGCUCCAUGUGUUGAUAAUUGACGUCCCUGAAGAGUUUUGUUUGUGUAGCUCAUAAAACACAUGUACAUUCUUUGUAAUCAGAUACUUUGAAUAAAACUGGAGUUGUCAGAUA